GUUUAGAUGAUUGAUAAGUAAUUAACUUAAUUCUCUGUGAAUUUGCUUACCAAGGUAAUUGAGUUCUCGUUGUAGUAAUUUAAUUACAAUUAUAUAAAGUUACACGGUUCAGAUGAAUAAUAAUUGUACAAACAAACAGAUUUGCUUAAAUUGAGACAAGAAACAAAUUAAGAAAAACUUAAUGUUAGUUAAAUGAUUAACCAUUUGAGUAUAAAGUGUUUGCUUUGCAAAUUAAUUGUUUUUGCUUUAGUUGUUUUUGUUUAUUUUUAAUUUAUUUAGCAAUCAGUUUAACCCUUAACCAUUUUACCCAAAAAAAUAUUCAAACAAUUAACUAAUCAUUCAAUUCAUCUCUCAAUCUUCAACCCAAAGAGCCAUUUGUUUUGUUUUUUUCUCGGGAAAAAAACGAAAAUCUAAUAUAAUUUAUGUAACAAUUAACUCUUUGAAUACACAGAAUAUAAUACAAAUUAAGAUUCACAUAUAAUCACAAAUCAGUUUGAAUGUUUACUUUCCAGUAAUUAACCAACUAGUUUUGAAAAGAUGACCACAAUUACAGAGGAAAAUUUCAAUUCAUUUGUAUUACCAAAUGACCACAAACAGUUUACAUCAGAUUUUAAAUCAAAUUCUGAUGGUGAAAUUAUCUAUCUAAACAUUAGUGAUCUACGAAAGGAUCGGAAUAGUUUUUUCUGUGAUGAAUCGAGUAAAGAUUCAAUUGGUUUGUGUCAUUACCAUCAGCAAUUACCAUCCAUUGAAUUAUUAUUACAAACUGAACAAUCAAUUGAUAAAUCUCAGUGGUGUAAAGCUAAUUGGACUGAUUGUUUGUUUGAAUCACAAUUAUCUUCCAAAUUGUGUCUCACUAUGGAAUCUAAUUUAACAUUGAACAAAAAUUUUACCAAUCAAAAGUUUAUCUUCCCAUCUUCAUCUUUCUCAUCAUUUUCAUCCGCAUCUUCACCAACAUCAUCAUCAUCAUCAUCAUCAUCAUCAUCAUCAUCAUCACCUUCUUCAUCAACAGUGUCCACAACAACACCUCCAAUUAAACAGUUGAAAAUUUAUCGAGGUGAUAACGAUUGUCACAAUGGAAACAGUGAUUAUUAUUAUUACAUUGAUGAUUUCGGUGGUUAUGUUGAUCACCAUGUAACUCUUGAUACCAAUUUUAUCAGGGAAAAUUGUGAAAAAGUGAUUAAAAUGGGAAGUGAUGAUUAUCGCGAGCAAUCUGAACAAUUAACAAACAGAAUCAACAAACAUCGAUCUCAUCAACAAUGUUUCAGUCAAUACAAUUGUUACCCCGAUAAUUUAUCAAAAAGUGAAACAAUUGCUUCGAGUUUAUCUUCAUUUAGAUCAUCAUCCUCAUCACCUCCACCACCGCCGUCAUCAUCAUCAUCAUCAUCAACAACAACAGUGAUAACAACAAGAUCGGCUUCUAAAGGUAAGGCUCGAUUUCGUAAUAAGAAAGUUUGGAAAAAAUAUUCGAAAAAGAAAAAUCUUUCUCAAGAUGAACUGGAACGUAAACGGGAUUUAGCUAAUCAACAAGAGCGAACUCGAAUGCACCGUCUCAAUAGCGCCUUAAGGCAUCUUCGAAGUGCCAUUCCUUAUGAAUUCAGUCGACAUCCGCCCGAAAAGAAUCUGUCCAAAAUAAAAACCCUUCGAAUUGCAAUUGAAUAUAUUCGAGAAUUAACCAAUAUUCUUAAUGAACAAUGUUAAUCAAUUGUUUCUAAUUUUACUCAAUUUGUUCCGUUUAAUUAAAUUCCCUCUUCCAUUUGAAUGUAAUCCAUUGAAACUGAAUUAAUGUUCAUCGAUUAACAAUCAAUCCAUUGAUAUAAAAUAAUUUCAAUAUUUUCAAUUUAAAAUAACAAAUUGUUUCCGUUUCUUAAAUCAAAUUCAAUUGACAUUUAAUUAUUUCUAAACCAUAUUGAUUUAGUAAAUUUAUAUCAUCGAUAUUUGCUUUUUGUAAAUCAAAUCAAACCGAAAGGUAAAUCAUUAAUGGUCUCGUAUUAAUCACAAAUUAAUUGCUUUUAAUGAUGAAAACAAAUUAAAUUCAGACCGAUAUCAAGUUGCUUAAAAUUAUUAAAUCACUAAUUCACAAAUGAAAGCAAAUCUGAUUAUAAGAUUUUUGAGAAAAUUGUUCACAAUUUAGAUUUUGAUUUGCAAUUAAUUUUCUAACAUUAUAGUUGGUAAGAAAUUAAGAUGAUUGCUA